AUGCUGCUGCUGUUGCUGCUGCUGCUGCUUAGCUCAGGGCUGCAAGGUGAUGAAAUCCACAGCUACACAGGAUCUCAGUGUGAAAUGGCCAAAGCUGACAUUGUGAUGCUAGUGGACGGUUCCGGGAGUAUUAGCCGGGUUGACUUUGGAUGGAUGAAAUCGUUAAUAUCUGAUAUGGUUCAAAACUUCCCCAUCGGUCCCAACAGAGUGCAAAUAGGUUUGGUUCAGUACAGCACAAACCCAAAAGCUGAGUGGCACCUGAACAGCCACAACAACAAGCAGUCCCUGCUGCAGGCCAUUAACCAGAUACAACAAAAAACCGGAGACACAAUGACAGGACAAGCUCUGGAUUACAUCCGUAACCACAGCUUUAAGCCCGGGGGUGGGAAUGCGUCCGGACUCCAAAAAAAUUGUCGUUCUGAUCACUGACGGAGAAUCUCAGGACCAAGCAGAAAUACCAGCAAAGAAUCUGAAAGACUCUGGGGUCGAGGUGUUUGUUAUUGGUGUGGGCGAAGCGUUUCGCACACAGAGGGUCGCUGAUGAACUGAGGACCAUCGCCUCCGAAGACAUCAAAAGUCAUGUUUACCUUAUUCCGACUUUCCAAUCUGCCAUCAAUAUCUCCACCAGCAUCUGCCGUGCUGCUACUGAGCUGAAACAACUUCCCAGUUAUUAUCCAACAGUUUUUAUCAUCAGACUGGUGCUCCUGCUGCUGACUCUGCUGAUCUUUAGCUCUCUAAUUAUCUACACCCAUAAGACCACCAGGGGGAAGCAGAGAGUUCAACAGAAUGACACGGAGCUGGAAUAUUACAAUCUCGGUGUUGGAGGCGUUCCGGAAGCGUCACCAUGAUGCAUUGAAGCUGCAAUUAUAAAAACGGAGUGUCUGACCUUUUACAUUCGCCUCCAUUAUUCAACGUCCUUCACAAAGAUCAUGCAAGACUAUUAGCAUGACUUAUAUAAUUUAUGUAUAAUAAUUAAAACACCCAUUUAACCUAAAGAACCAUCAUGGAUUUUCAAGAGGUCAGUUUUUAAGAUGUUAGUGUUUUUGCUCAGACAGACAGCAUUACAUAGUUUAUAGCACAAUCAAGUAUG